AAUGUUGUUAUUCUUAACAGUGUGAUGCCUAACUAAAAAUCAAGACUACGUGUUUUGGUUUUUUGGUAAGCGAUAAAUACGUUUACUUGAGUCAAGGAUAACCGCAGCCACAUCAAACUUCUCACUUGCAGUUUCAUUAUAAUAAAAUCACAAUGGAUAUUGGAAUUGAACAGAUGAGUCGUUAUAUUAGUCCUGUAAAUCCUGUUUUAUACCCUCAUUUAACUCUAAUUCUUCUCGGUAUUGGGAUUUUCUUUACUGCUUGGUUUUUUGUCUAUGAAGUUACAUCAACAAAAUACACGAGAGAUAUUUAUAAGGAACUUCUUGUAGCGUUUUUUGCAGCUAUUUUUAUGGGUUUUGGCACAUUAUUUUUACUGUUAUGGGUUGGAAUAUAUGUUUGAAAAUUUUGUGCUAUUUUUGUAAUAGAAUGAAAAUCUUGUUUAUUUAA